AUGUCAGCAACCGAUUACAAGUUCUCUGGAUGGGCAGGAUAUGGACCUGAAUCAGUCGAAGGUAACCUCAAAUUUAUCGAUUAUGAGCCCAAGAAGUUCGCUGAAGAUGAUAUCGAUCUCAAAAUCCUGUAUUGCGGUAUCUGCGCUUCUGAUACCUCCACCCUAUCUGAAGGAUGGGGACCAGUUGGAGAUAUGUGGCCACAAGUCGUAGGACAUGAGAUUGUUGGAGAGGUUGUUCGAGUUGGAUCAGAAACUGAAAACGGCAUCAAGAAAGGUGAUAUUGUUGGUGUUGGUGCUCAAUGUGAUUCAUGUUUGAAAUGUCAUUAUUGCAACAAGGACCAAGAGAAUUAUUGCUCAGGAGGAUGGACUCCAACAUAUAAUGGAAAAUUCUCCAGAACUUCCCAAGGAUCAAAAACAUAUGGUGGAUAUGCCAACUACUGGAGAGGUCCUUCACAUUUCGCUAUUCCUAUCCCAGCUGGUAUAGAUCCAGCAGAAGCUGCUCCAUUACUUUGUGGUGGUGGAACAGUCUACUCUCCUUUAGUCCAAUAUGGCGCUGGUAAACAAGCCAAGAAUGUUGGUAUUAUCGGUUUAGGUGGUUUAGGUCAUUUCGGUGUUAUGUUAGCCACUGCCCUCGGAGCAGAGGUCACUGUUAUCUCUCAUUCAGCCAGAAAGAGGGAAGAUGCAGAGAAACUUGGUGCUAAACAUUUCCUCAUCACCGGAGACGACGAAGCGAAAGCUUUCAAAGGUCACGAGAGAUCAUUAGAUUUGAUCAUCUGUACCUCAAACGCACCUGACAUGAACAUGCAAGCAUAUCUAUCACUUAUUCGACCAGGCGGCAACUUCAUCUUAGUCGGUAUACCUGAAACUGGGAAACUCCCAGAUAUCCCUCCAACAGCUUUGAUUAUGGGUAACGUUCACGUUGGAGGAUCUCUUAUCGCUUCACCCCAAACAUUGAAAGAGAUGCUUGCUCUUGUUGCUGAAAAGAAGGCUAAAUCUUGGAUUCAAAGAUGGCCCAUGAGUAAGAUAAACGAAGCUAUCCCUUCCAUGGUUGCUGGAAAUGCCAGAUAUAGGUAUGUCUUGGUAAACGAGGAGAAUGGUGGUAAGAUGUAA